CCGCUUCGAGUGCAAGGCAUCAAGUAUGAGAAAAAUUACCUCGUCGUCCUUUUGGAUAUACCACCGAUCGCAAACACCGACAUUGCCCUGAUCUGGCUUCACAAAGGGCUUUAUCACCAUAUGGAGACACGCAGUUCAUCCGAUUCGCGUCCAGUUGAGCUGACCAUUACCUCAUGUAUUGAUUACCAGUUGAACGUAGUUCGAUUACUGAGUCCCAUUGCCCGUGAGUUUAUGGGCUCGGUCGACAUACAACCAGGCAAGAUAGAAAUAUCAAAAGUUCUCACAUUUGGGAAUCAGGCUCACAUCCAAUAUAAACUGAACCAAUUUUGUCAGAUGAAGCAUUUCCAUGCCCAAGUUAACCAUUUACCUGGUGUACCGACCCCGCAACAAUCGAUCAGUAAUGAUCGGAUUCAAUUGAGUCCACUGUCGUCAUGUGUCAACUACGACGUGCAACUGAUCGCCUACUACGUCCCCGAAUCCUACAGCGUCUCACGAGUAAUGCGUAUCGCAUUGCCAGCAGCCCACGAUGAGAACAAAGUGCACCUUUCGAUUGAGGACGAAAAUUUGUUGAUCGAAUGGAAAGCUCGCGCGGCAUGUCAGCUCAAGAAAUCUGUCAUUAACGUGUUGCGAAACAAUGAGCCUUGGAAACAAUUCGAUCAUACUGGUGCGGGACCAAGUGACAGAAUACCGUUGGAGAAACAGUACUCAACUUAUGCAGUUUCUAUUAAGUUCAUCUAUGCCAAUGAUUUCUCAGAAAUGUCGGAAAUUGUUUCAAUCGUUUACGGUUCACAAACUACGAAUUCGCUCAACUUGACUUUUGAUCUACACCCGAAUAGAAUGGAUCUAUUGUGGACUGGACCGGGGUUAUAUCAGCCUUUGUUCUACCGCGUGGACGGCGUCUAUGACAACGGAAACGAGAUCACUAAAGUGGUGACUGGUCACAGAUGUACCAUUCCCCUCGAACCGGGUGUGGAAUAUGCGAAUGUGAUUGUGGCCGCGGUGGAUGCGAACGGAGAGCGGAAAAUUUCCAGCCAUCGUACAGCCUGGCCCAAACGAGGUGAUUCUAACAGUUCACUGUUCACGCGAUCGCAUCUGGUUUAUUCACACGCCAUACGUGAGCUGUUUCAUGCCUGA